CUGCCUCAAUGACCACCAACGACCACCACUGCUGUUCUCCCGAGACGAUCCCAAUAUCCAAUAUCCUUCCAUCUGCGUUACUUAGUUCAUUGCUUCGAGGAUUUUGCCGUUCCAUACCCGUGUCGUCUUUGCUAAACGACGAAUCUACCUGCCCUCCUUCUCUAACUCGACCCUGCGGACAUACGUUCUAGGCACUACUCAAUAUCAGGACAUCCUCCUUAAUCGCCUUGGUGCAUAGACCCCGGCGGCCAGAACUGCAUGUCCACGUCCUCAGCCGUGACUACAAUCUGAACCUUCAGAUUGACUCUUCACUCAAGCAAUCACAGUAGCGUCCUUCGAGGUACCGCUCGAGUAGUCUCUACUCAGAGACCGGCGGCUUUGGCCGCCACCACGAGCUGGCACACCACCCUUCUGCCGACGACAACCUAAUCACUACCGACGACCCAUCCAUUUCAAACCACCCUACUCCUCCUCCUUACACAGAUUCCUUUGCCCAACCCCCACAUCCAUCAAGACUCAUCACACGUGAGAUUCCGACCGCCGACCCACCUGCGACUACCUCCGACGACCUCGUUUCAAUCCAGCCACCUAUAGAGCAGGUGCAGGACUCUGAAGAGCGGGGAAGACGAAGGAGACGACGCUCUUCCUCCUCAGAGCUCGGUCAAGAAAGUCUCACGUCGUGUGAAGCUGUCCCGCCAGAAAGAAAUCCCAGAUCGAAGCGCAGGCGAACCGACGGACACAAUAUGAGAGUUGAUGACGAUCAAGGGCAAGCAUAUUCUAACGGUCAUACUGCCAGCUCAAAUGGAUCCACUCCUCGAAAGUCCUUCCACACUGCCGUCAACGGACACACCCCUGGUAACGUCAACGGCUCAGGUUCCUCCUUCACGAAUGGCGCUGUCAAGAAGCUCUCACCGGUGCGGUCACCGACAUAUCGGGGUCACAAUCGGGAAGAGGUGGUCAGGAUACUGAUACAGGGUCUGCUUGACAUGGGAUACUCAGACGCUGCAAGUGUUUUGAGCAGUGAGAGUGGUUACGAACUAGAAAGCCCCUCCGUGGCGGCAUUCCGAAGUGCAAUUUUAGACGGCUCCUGGUCCGAGGCAGAAGCAAUCCUGUUAGGAUCACGCCGGAUUGACCCAAGCGAAGGCCUGCAUAUGGGCGAUGAUCAACACGGCGAAGGUCUAGUGCUUGCUGAAGGGGCCGACCGUGGUCAAAUGCUGUUUUGGAUUCGACAACAGAAGUUCUUGGAGCUACUGGACCGGAGAGAUCUCAGCAUGGCCCUCAUGGUACUCAGACAAGAGCUGACACCCUUGGGGCACGACAUACACCAAUUACAUGCUCUCUCAACUUUACUAAUGUGUCCUCCAGAAGAUCUCAGGACUAAGGCUCAUUGGCCGGGGACAGUGGACGAGUCACGUAAGAUGCUCCUUCAAGAUCUUUCGCGGUCAAUUGCACCGUCUGUUAUGAUUCGGGAUCACAGACUAGCCGAGCUGUUCGACCAAGUCAAACAGACGCAGAUAAACCAGUGCUUAUAUCAUAACACUUCGAUACCUCCGUCACUAUACUCAGAUCAUCUUUGUGAUCGAGAAGACUUCCCUGCUCGAACAUCAAUAGAGCUUCAGGAUCAUACCGGCGAGGUCUGGCAUGUUCAAUUCUCUCAUGACGGCUCGAAAUUGGCCACUGCAAGCCAGGACAGGACUGUCAACAUUUACGAGACCGUUACUUUCAAGCGUCUUCACGAACUGAAACAGCAUUCAGCCGAGGUCACUUAUGUAGCGUGGAGUCCUGACGACACAAAGAUCAUCUCAUGUUCUCAGGACGCCAAAGCUAGAGUCUGGGAUGUCGAAACGGGCAAAUUGAGGGUGACCCUGCAACACGAGUCCGCCGAACCAACGUAUGGAAUCACUGCCGCAGCGUGGACUCCUGAUUCAAUGCGUUUUGUGACGGCCAGCCACGACAGAAACUCCCAACUCUGUUACUGGAGUCUUCUUGCGGACGAGCCCGAGCGUCCUAUCUAUGUCUGGCCCAAGGGGUUUAGGGUUCAGGACGUCGCUAUUACAGAUGACGGCCACUGGCUCGUCGCCCUCGAUCCCCAGAACAUUAUACGGAUCUUCGACCUGCACAAUUACCGAGAGGAGCCUCCCAUAAAAAGUGCGGGAAAGAUGACGAGCAUCAGCUUGAGCCGUGAUGGCAGUACCGUCCUCGUCAAUCUCGCUGUCGGCGAGGUGCAGAUGAUCGAUCUCGUCACGAGAGACGUUGUGCGCAGGUUUAGGGGUCAGAAGCAGGGAGAAUUUGUGAUUCGGAGUUGCUUUGGAGGAGCAGCCGAAAACUUCGUGGUCAGCGGCUCCGAAGAUGGUAUGAUUUACGUGUGGCACAAGGAGAACGAAGCUCUCAUUGAGAAACUGUCGGGCCACGGUCGAGGUGUAGGCGGAAAGGAUUGUGUGACGACGGUCGACUGGAAUCCCAGAGAUGCCUCCAUGUUUGCGUCUGGUGGUGAUGACCGCAAAAUACGAAUAUGGACAAACGCAUUGUCUCCCAUUGAUGGUAUCUCGAACACCCUCAACAGGUCCGUUGUGCGGCAUGAUUCUGGUCGCACGAGCGCCAUGAGAUCAACACUGUAGGUACUGUGAGUAGGUGCUGUUUCUGGAGUUUGUGGAGGGAACCAUAUCCUUAACGAUCAACGUCCUGCACAGAGUAUAGAGUUUUGGACACAACAUUGCAUUGCAAGGAGUUCGCUUGUAGGUGGCUUACACCAAGCAACACUACAACAGAGGGAGAGUUCAAGGGGUAACGAAGAGCAUUCAUCCUUUGAACAUGGCAAGCCUUGGCUGUGCCCGCAUGGGAAAGGGAAUAUGGACAGCAGCCGCCGACGCUGCCAGGUUUAGAUCUAGCUCAAUAUCUUGUAUUUCACUCAAUAUGCAAUGAUAUUAUACGAUACG